AGACGGUCUAAAACCAUGGUGUUAUACGAUGAUGACAAGUGUACGUCUAAUAAUAACACUGUCCCUCCUAAGUCCUCACUUUACACUAUUAUAAGUAAAGCCACCCCUUACUCUCUUUCUUAUCUCUAUCUAGUAUCUAUCUAUUCGCUCCAUUCUGUUUUUUUUAUAGUAUCAAUCAUCAUCAACUCUCAAUCACUCUUGAAAAUGUCUUGCUGUGGUGGUAACUGUGGUUGCGGAUCUAACUGCGGUUGCGGCAGUGGCUGCGGAGGAUGCAAGAUGUUCCCUGAUUUCGUGGAGAACAGCUCUAACCCCACCGUUCUCGUCUCCGGUGUUGCCCCCAAAAUCUCGUUCUCUGAAGGAGCAGAGAGUGGAGUAGCUGCGGAGAAUGGGUGCAAGUGUGGUGCCAACUGCCAAUGCGAUCCAUGCAACUGUGGCAAAUGAAUACCAUCUUAAUUUUAAUCUUAAUUAAUUAAGAUGAAGAUAUAAUUAAACUAAUUAAUGUUUCUGUGUUAUGUUUCUGGGAUUAUUAUUAUUGUGGUGUAUAAGCCAAACUCUUAAUUAGGCUUAGAAUAAUCGUAUUAUCGCAGCCGUAUGAUAUGAUAUGAUAUCGUGUUGUAUGUGAUGUUUACUUUAUUUAUACCGGUUGGACUAAUGAUAAUAUUGUGUUUGUUUUAAAUUA